CGAGAAAUCAUGUUGGUCAACUGUUUGCGUUUUCUGGUACUUUGCAAUACGUGUUAUCAAUAAAACUUAUCAUCCAUUGGCAGGCUAUGCACUCCUGUUGUAGUUCAAUACAUUCUUAUUUUACAAUUAAUUUAAAUAUAUUCGUUUACUCCGUAAAAAAUUUAAAUAGAUAUAUGUAUUACUAUUUUUCGUUUUCAUCCACCAACAAUAAUUGAAGAAAUAUUGUUGCUGAAUUCGACUCGUCUUUCGUUUCGUUAACAAUUCCCUUUUGGUCGACGAUACACGCCCCCCAAAAUCUAAAAGAAUAAUUCCUGAAUAAUUGAAGCAUCAAGAUGACUGAUAGCAAAUAUUUCACUACUACCAAAAAAGGUGAAAUAUUUGAAUUGAAAUCAGAAUUAAACAGUGAUAAAAAGGAAAAAAAAAGGGAAGCCGUGAAAAAGGUCAUAGCAUCUAUGACAGUUGGUAAAGAUGUUUCUGCUUUAUUUCCUGAUGUUGUAAAUUGUAUGCAAACUGAUAACUUAGAAUUGAAAAAACUUGUGUACUUAUAUUUGAUGAAUUAUGCUAAAAGCAAUCCUGACAUGGCUAUUAUGGCCGUCAAUACAUUUGUAAAGGAUUGUGAAGAUCCAAAUCCAUUAAUACGUGCUUUAGCAGUUCGUACAAUGGGUUGUAUAAGAGUUGAAAAAAUAACUGAAUAUCUAUGUGAACCGUUGCGUAAAUGUCUGCGUGAUGAAGAUCCAUAUGUACGUAAAACAGCUGCUGUUUGUGUUGCUAAACUCUAUGAUAUUAAUGCACAAUUAGUUGAUGACCAAGGAUUUUUGGAACAAUUAAAAGAACUUUUAUCGGAUUCAAAUCCUAUGGUGGUUGCCAAUGCUGUUGCUGCUUUAUCAGAAAUGAAUGAAGCUAGUAUAACUGGUUCUCCUUUGAUUGAAAUGAAUUCACAAACCAUUAAUAAACUUUUAACAGCUUUGAAUGAAUGUACAGAAUGGGGUCAAGUAUUUAUACUUGAUUCAUUGGCUAAUUACAGUCCAAAAGAUGAUCGUGAGGCACAAAGUAUAUGUGAAAGAAUAACACCACGAUUAGCUCAUGCUAAUGCUGCAGUGGUUUUGUCUGCUAUUAAAGUAUUAAUGAAACUUAUGGAAAUGUUACCAACUGAUUCUGACUUUGUUACAACAUUAACCAAAAAGCUUGCUCCACCAUUAGUUACUUUAUUAUCUACAGAACCAGAAGUACAAUACGUUGCUCUCAGAAACAUUAAUUUAAUAGUGCAAAAAAGGCCUGAUAUACUUAAACAUGAAAUGAAAGUAUUUUUUGUUAAAUAUAAUGAUCCUAUUUAUGUUAAACUUGAAAAAUUAGAUAUUAUGAUACGUUUAGCAUCACAGGCAAACAUUGCACAAGUUUUGUCAGAACUUAAAGAAUAUGCCACCGAAGUUGAUGUAGAUUUUGUUCGUAAAGCAGUUCGUGCAAUCGGUCGAUGUGCUAUUAAAGUUGAACAGUCUGCUGAACGAUGUGUAUCUACUCUCCUGGAUCUUAUACAGACAAAAGUUAAUUAUGUUGUUCAAGAAGCGAUUGUAGUUAUCAAAGAUAUAUUCAGAAAGUAUCCCAACAAAUACGAAAGUAUUAUAUCUUUGUUGUGUGAAAAUUUGGAUACUCUAGAUGAACCUGAAGCUCGAGCAUCUAUGAUUUGGAUUAUUGGAGAAUACGCAGAACGUAUUGAUAAUGCUGAUGAGUUAUUGGAAAGUUUCUUGGAAGGUUUUCAUGAUGAAAACACUCAAGUUCAAUUGCAAUUAUUAACUGCUAUUGUUAAACUUUUUUUGAAACGACCUACCGAUACUCAAGAACUAGUUCAACAAGUUUUAAGUUUAGCUACGCAAGAUUCAGAUAAUCCUGAUUUGCGUGAUCGUGGUUUCAUUUAUUGGAGAUUACUCUCUACUGAUCCUGGGGCUGCCAAAGAUGUCGUUCUUGCAGAAAAACCAUUGAUUUCCGAAGAAACUGAUCUUUUAGAACCAACUUUACUUGAUGAACUUGUGUGCCAUAUUUCUAGUCUUGCUAGUGUCUAUCACAAACCACCAAAUGCAUUUGUUGAAGGAAGACCAGGAUUACGAAAAUCUUUACCUGCUAGAAAUGACAAUUCUUCUACCAGUAAUAUUCCCCAAGCUGCAGUGAUACCAGCACCUCAAGAAUCAUUGAUUGGAGAUCUUCUUAGUAUGGAUUUAACCACUCCAGCUGUUAUUCCUACAUCAGUUCAACCUCCUUCUGUUGAUUUACUUGCUUCUGGAUUGGAUUCAUUGUUAACAACAUCUGAUUUACCAGCAGCUUCAACUUCAAACACUGGUUUGCUUGGUGACAUAUUUGGAUUCACCCCUACACCAGUUUCUUAUUCUCCCCCUAAAGUACUUUGGUUACCCAGUGAAAAUGGCAAAGGAUUAGAAAUUAUGGGCACAUUCUCUAGGAAAAAUGGUCAAAUUAAUAUGGAUAUGACUUUAAAAAACAAAGCUAUGCAACCGAUGACUGGAUUUGCUAUUCAAUUAAAUAAAAAUUCUUUUGGGUUGACACCAGCUCGCCCUUUACAAGUCUUGAAUCCAUUAUUGCCUACAGUGUCUUGUGAAACCAGCUUACCUCUUGCAACUACUGGUCUUGUUCAACGAAUGGAACCCAUUACAAACCUUCAGGUUGCAAUUAAAAAUAAUAUUGAUGUGUUAUAUUUUGCUUGUAUCAUUCCUACAAAUGUGUUCUUUGUUGAAGAUGGUCAAAUGGAUAAGCGAGUGUUUUUGACUACAUGGAAAGAUAUACCCGCAGAAAAUGAAGUGCAAUUUACUUUAAAGAAUGUUUUAUGUAAUACAGAGGCAAUUGUCAUGAAGAUGUCACAAAAUAACGUAUUUACCAUAGCUAAAAGAAAUGUCGAGGGUCAGGAUAUGCUUUAUCAAUCAUUAAAAUUGACAAACGGCAAUUGGGUAUUGAAUGAACUUAAAAUUCAACCAGGAAAUCCAAACAUAACUCUAUCAUUAAAAUCACAAGCUUUGGAGGUUGCACAAGGAGUUUUCCAGGCAUAUGAUGCUAUUCUCCACUCAUAGAUAAUAUUUGCAUUUAUAUUAUCUGAUUUCAUUGAAGUAUUCUUAAUAAUUUUAUUUUUUAAGUAGGUAGUCUAAGU